GUCACUCUUCCGUUCUUCCUCAACGGACAAGAGAUUUACUUUAUAUUACAAAAGUAUCAAAAGUGUUUACUAGUUAUUUGAAAAUCGGCCCCUUAUUAAUUUAAGGAAUAAAUUAUAGAAACUCACCUAGUGUAUGCUAAUAAGCCAGUAGCGAAGCCCGAGGUAAAAGAGCGACCGGCCAGGCGGGCGUCCGGCGUUUCAACUGCACAGAAAUCGAAUUUCCAUAAUCGCCCUUCCUCGCGCUGUACAGCUAUAUACUACGCCGCCGUAUACUCACCGCAUGCAAUCGCAGAGACCUUGCGCGUAUAUUCUCUUUCUUGCCCUCGAUUUCUCGGGUAGACUCUUUUUUACGCACUCUAUUAGAUCUUUCUUGCGACACUUUGACUUUCACGCACACUACUUACUUACUCCACCUCGUGUGUAUUGUGACGCAUAGUCACUUUUUGCCAAAUUUAUUCGGAAGGUUAUGAAGAGCGUUUGCGCGGAUUUAAACGAGGGGUAAGGUAAGACUCGCGAGAGACGAACGUCUUUUCUCGCGACUCAUGGUGCGAGUGGAUCACGCGAGUCAUAUGGGAGGCGCGCGCGCGCACACGCAUGAUUUUUUUUUCGCCUCCAUAUAAUAAUUGUUAAUAACGACGGUUGCCGAGCCCGGUUUGUCCUCUUCUGCCAGUCGGGUGCUGCCAUCGGACGGAGUCUUGUGCAGGUUUUGCUCAACCGAAAUAAACAUGGCGUAAAGAAUCGAAUGGAAUGGAUUAGCAGAAGUUAGGUUUGUGUGUGGACUCGUCAAGUUUUAGUUCAUUGCAAGGGAAAGGUUGCUUAAUUUUUCUAUCGGAGAUUGCUCGAGUUAGUAUUUCAACCGAAAAAUGAGGUUCACAUACAUAUUGGCAGCUACGCAUGCACCAGGCAAAGGCAGGUGUCCACAGCCACCCAACAAGACUCCGUUUCAGGAAAUUCUGCCUUUACGACUAAAAGACAGAGUUUCGGGAAAAUCGGAUAAGAAAGCAGAGGGUAGCUGCUUGCAGGAGAUGAUACUGGUCCUUUCCUGCUUACAAAAAAAUGAAUAUGAAAACAAGCUAUGUCAAAAGGAAGUAGAUCAAUUUAAAAGCUGCUUCCAAAAAUUCCAGGAUGUGAGUUUUCAAUCGAAGAGAGCAAAGGAAAAAGGUAUUCUAGUACCAGGAGAUAAAAACCUUACGCAUAAACAAGUAAAGAAAUUGUUCAAGACCAGACCAAUGUUUCUGCAUUGGAAGAACUGAGUUUCUGAAGAAAUAAUGAAAUCAUUUGCUUUUUAAUAAAAUUUUUAUUAAUAAAACAGUAUAUAUCUCAGUAUUUUGCGAUUCGGAACGCGAUUGUGUUAAAUGGGUGUACCUUUAAAAUACCCCUUCUGUUACGUUUUAUAAAAUGAAUUGCAAAAAUC